AUGGCUUCUUCCAACCCUUCCAACUUUGCCAACCUCCCCAAGGACAAGCUCAGUGAGAUUGCCGCCAAGGGUGGCCAUGCCUCUCACGGCUCUGGCAACAGCGACGCCACGUCCACCGGCAGCAGCGGCAAUGCUGACCGUAACCCUGACGGUACCUUCACCAAGGGCUCAGACCUCGCAAAGGAGCUAGGCGCUCAAGGUGGCCAUGCUUCCCACGGUGCUACGGACUCCACAUCGAACAGCAGCGAGCCAGGCCGUAACCCAGAUGGCACAUUCAAGAAGGGCAGUGAACUUGCGUCCGAGUUAGGCACCCAGGGCGGACAUGCCUCCCACUAG